UCCUGACUGUAGUUAUCAGAAUUACCACCAGUUAUUACUCCAGAUUCCUGGGGAGGAAACGGAUGCCCAGAAGGGCAGUUUCCUGCCAGUCUCACACCUACGAGGUGGCAGCUCUGACCUCAGAGCCCAAGUUCUAACCUCCCUAGAGUCAGGUAGCCUCUAACAGGCAUGCCUGAGGACAAACAACUGUGCCUCAGUUUUCUCAGCUGCAAAUGGGGUUGUGAAUCAAAUGAGAAAGUGGGUAUACAGGCCUUCCUAGGGAGCUAGACACUGGGAGGUGCCGAGCGUUUCCCCAGCCUCUCUAAAGCCACAGGCCAGCACCGUCUCCAGGCCGGGACCACCCCUCACUCUCUGCCCCUGACUCAGAAGAGCUGACUUAGCCAGGCUCUGGGAAAGGCAAGUCACCCUGGGCCUUUAAUGAACUCAGAGGUGGCAGGAAUCCUCAGGGCUUUGGACAAGCCAGAAGGGACCAGACUACGAGGCCUUGUCCCUGCCACAGCACCACAUUGUCCCCACCCUUUCUUAGUGCUGAUGCCCACUCAUGGCCCCUGUAAACCCUGGAGGCUGAUUCUCAGUCCCUUCCUCUGUUCUGUGCACACCUGGGGAGGGAAAAGGUGGCUCCUGGCUGAGCUCAAAUUCUCCUGAGAUAGAGAGGGAAGGAAUUGGGCUGUAGGCUAAAAAAAGGUUGCUCCUUUGGAACACAGUAAUGCUUAGUGAAAAAUCAGUAUACAAAGUGGUAGGGGGAAAAAAGUCCCUCUCAGCUUUGUGAUGGGCUUGGACGACCCAAGGAGACAGAUGCUGCCAGCAGGGCACGUCAUGCCCGGUUCAGACCCGAUCUCUGUGUGCCCCCGCCCCCCAAGUGAAGAUAACACACGGAGAGCCUCCACACAACCCCUCAGGAGGCCUGGGGUCUCCACAUGCUGUCCUCUGUAGCAUUCCAGAAGUCACCAAAAUUUCAAAGCUGGUUGACUGAUUCAAAGCUCUUACUUGUGCCAAGCCUCACUCUGGGCACUGGGGAUACAGCAGUGACCACAGAUGCUAAUCUCAGGGAGCUCACAGUCACGUGGGCCAGAUCAACAAGUAAAUCAGCGAAUUAAAACGCAGUGAUAAGUGUCAUCCUGGAGCCACACUUGGGGCUAUGGAGCACGGAGGAGGGAACCCUGCCCAGCUGUGAAGGUCACUUCCCUGGCAUGUGUGGCAUCCCAGUGAGACCUGAUGCGGGAGAAGCAGCCAGCCCUAUGAGCUGUGAGGAGACAGUGUUCCGGACCUCGGAGCUGGAGGAGACAUUGAAGAUGAUCUGGCCUCCAAGCCUAGGGAGGGGCCUACACACCGGCCCAGUCCAAAGACCUGUCUGGGCUGCGGGACACCCAGGGCCCGAGAGGCAGACGGUGAAGGAAGGGAGGGUCACCCUAGCCUCAUUCAUGCAGUGAAGAGAGGACACCCGAAGGGUCGCCAGGGAAGCCUGGCAUGGUAAGGGGGUGCCCUCUCACAGCCAGUCGAAAUCCUCCCCAUCCCUGGGGGCCCCAGCCAGCCCCUCCUGCCACCCCAGGCCGGUCGGUGAACUUUUUCUGCACCCUACCCUCAACAGACAAGUUAGGGCCUCGGGACCAGGAAGUAGUGCCCUCGGGUUCUGAAGUCGGCUACACCACUGACUCAGACUGUGAUCUCCUGCAAGAGGGCACCCCUCUCUGAGCCUCAUUUUCCCCGUCGGAAAUAUGGGACUUCCGGCCACCCACCCCCAUCCCGCUCUGGCUAUGGGACUCUGGGACAUCGAGAGACGGGCUUUUGUUCUCGGGCGAGUUCGACAGGACUGAGACCACAAAUGCCAGCUAGACUGGGUUCCCCCCGGCCCCGCUCUGUCCCAUUCCCUAGAGAUUCGGGAACGCGGCCCACAAUGCCCUUGAGAAACUACAUUUCCCGAUAUGCAAAGGGAAGGCGAUGCCUGCCUGUCUCGGGCGACGUGGUCCUGGACCGGCCUAAGGACUACGACUCCCGGCGUACCCCGCGGCCCAAGGCCAGAAGGGCCCGGAUCCGGAACCGGAUGAGGCUUGCUGCUCCAGUGCCCGCAGCGCUGGGGAAAUGGCCACAGGAACAGACCAGGUGGUGGGACUCGGCCUCGUCGCCGUUAGCCUGAUCAUCUUCACCUAUUACACCGUCUGGGUGAUUCUCUUGCCAUUCAUCGACAGUCAGCAUGUCAUCCACAAGUAUUUCCUGCCCCAAGCCUAUGCCGUUGCCAUCCCACUGGCUGCCGGCCUCCUGCUGCUCCUGUUUGUGGGCGUGUUCAUCACCUACGUGAUGCUGAAGAAUCAGAAGGUGACCAAAAAGGCUCAGUGAAGGCCCAGCAUGGAUGCGGCUGCCGGCGCCUUCUCUGCUUCUUCUCCAGGGCAGACCAAGGGUGGGGGCCCAGAGGACCCCUCCAGGCACUGAGGGCCCCUCAAGCCUGGCUACCCUGCAGACACCCUUGUGGGAUGGAGCUGCUCAGGACUCACCCCUGACUGACCAGAGCCCCUGCUCACCCUUCAGAAGCCAGGAGGGAGGAGUCCCUGGAAGUCUCGCUCUCACCCUCUUCAGGUUCAGGGCCUGGAAAACGCCGGUCCUCCCCACCUCACUUUUCAGACUCCCUGUCGCUUUUUCCUCUGGCUUCUACACUCUUGCCUCAGUUUCCCUCAUGUCACAUGCUGUUGCUGGACUUGGCAGGUUCUGGGGCGUCACGAGACCUCUCCCCCCAUGUCCUGCUCCUCCACAAAGGCAGCUUUCCCGGGUCUGACAUACCCCAGACCCCACAAGGAUUUCUGGACCUGGAAAGCCUAGGGGGAGGCCUGACAGGCCCCAGAGCCCAUUAGGGUGGCCACACGGGGGGCCCCUGGAUUGACCGCUUCUCACGGAGGCCCAGCCCCCCAGCCUCAGUGCUGGCCUGUUGGGGAGAGCUGAACAAUAAACGGUGGUGGUGUGUUUGUCUCAGUGCCAUGCCUGACCAGGGGGCUGGGCCGCUCAGGGGCUGGAGAGGGGCUGGGCGCUGGCCUCUGCGUUGGUCUCAGGUCAGGAGACCCUGGUUUGUGCAAUUGGUGCCUCAGAUGCCUCCUGGAUCAUCUGUGUGCUGGACACAGGAUAAAGCAGGGACCGGGACCGGGACCGAUACGGGUCUGGCCUGGCGCAGCUGAUGGCUGGGGAGUCUGUGGAGGCACGGCAAUCUGCCAGACGCCACAUCAGCGUCUACCAGGUCUCCCCCGUGCCAGCCUAGCCAGCUGGCACUGGUAUUUUACGGACCUUCAGGCUAGUCCCCGAAAAGCCAAGCCUGUCAUCUGUCUCCUGUACCCAGCAGCCCAACUUAGCGUGGCUCUGAGCAGAGGGCUGUUAUGAGCCAGAGCAGGGCUGGUUCCACUGUGUUCAGGUUAACCGGCACGGGCCCCAGCCUUAGUCCCUGGCAUCCCACCAUGCCCCACUGGGCAGCCGGCUCUCCCAUUCACAGUGUGAGCCUCCACCCCUCACACCUUGGACAUUCAUUCUUCCUCUGGUUAGCAAAGGUGUCCCCCUCAUCAGAGAAGGGCGCACCUGCCCUGUCCUUACCUGUUUCUCUCUCCAUCUUCCAGCCCAGGCAGAGCUGCCCACCUGGACUCUGGGUCCUGUCCUCUCACACUGCUAUAGCAGGAGCCUCCUGUCUGAUGAUCCCUCUCAAGGGAACAGCCUCUGCCUUUCAACAAGGUCCCCCAGUGUUAAAUGAACAUGUUACGGGCUCCGUAUAAGGGACCCUCCAUCAACCCAGUAAUUCCCUCCGGGUCUCUCCCGCGCUUUCCCCUCCACAGCCAAACUUCCCAAAAGGGUAUCCACACCUGCUUCCUGCAUUUCCUCACCCCUGCUGUGCUUGGCAGCAUUCCAGGGGGGCUGCACUCAGACCACCCGUGAUGUCCAGUCUUUAAAUCCAAAGCACAUUUCCUGGACCCCUCUGCUACAUUUGGUCGGUGACCUCCCCCCGGGACACCCUCAGACGCUGGAUGACCCGUUCUCCUACUUUAUGCUCUCUCUGGCACUCAUGCUCCCACCGAGAGGGUGGGUUCCUCGGGACUCAUCACAGGCUGUUUCACCUUCUGGGUGACCUCAUCCUUACCCAGGCUCACCUCUAGCCCAGCUUUCUUCUGAGCCCCAAAGUAUUUCACGUGCACCAGCUGCCCACCUGAGAUCCCCAUCGGCUGUUGUAGUGACACCUCAAGUCCAUCCUGUCAUGAUCUGAAUUCUCAGACUUACCCACUCUCCCCCCGCACAAAUCUGGCUCUCCUGUCGUGCCCUGCCUUAGCAUCAUCAUCCUGUAUCCCUGACCCACAGCCAGAAGCCUGGCAGACAUCACUGACCUUGGCUUUCAUCUUCCACCCCCCCAUCCACAUGACCCCAAAUCCUGUCAAUUCUCCCCUUCCCCCGUCACCUUCCAGAUGCAAAGCCACUGUCCCCUGCCCUAAAUCACCAAAGGCUUCCUCACUGCUCUCCCCUGCCCACAAUGGCCCCCUCCAAUCUGACUGCACUACAACCAGUGGCCUUUUGAAAACAUCUGAGCAUCUUUUCUUUUUUUAAUUUUUAGCCGCACCACGCUGCAUGCGGGAUCUUAUUUCCCCAACCAGGGAUCGAACACGCCCCCCCUGCAGUGGAAGUGCAGACUCUUAACCACUGGACUGCCAGGGAAGUCCCUGAGCUUUUUUUUUUUUUUCUUUUUCUGAGAAUCUUUCUCACACACUUACAAUGCUUCUCUGGGUUCCUGUCCCUCUCCCUCCCAUGGCCGGCCGACAAGAGCCUGCAUGCUUGUUUGAGCUCUCCUCACUCCAGUCACACCGGCCUUUCAUUUCCUGGGACUCACUGAGCUUCUCUGCACAUCCUACUCACAUUGGUUCAGCAUGUACUUCUCAAACACUGGUUUGUGCAAGGUACUGAGCCAGGGAAGGAGCCUGGCAUGGUUCCUGCCCUCCUGGCACUCCCACUCUGGGUGGGGGAGGGGAGA